AUGGCUAGCAGGGCGAUAGGACGGGCUACAGUUCGGGCGGUCACCUCCAAACGUCUGACGCCACAGAAAGCUCCCCUAACUUUGCAUGGAGUGUUGAUUGGGGUGAAGACACGAGGAUGUAAUGGCCUGACCUACACACUAGACUACGCCGAUAAGAAAGGCAAAUUUGAUGAGGAAGUAGUUCAAGAUGGUGUGAAGGUUUUUAUUGAUGCUAAAGCCCAGCUGACCUUGCUUGGAACAGAAAUGGAUUACCAUGAAGACAAACUGACGUCUGAGUUCAUCUUCAAUAACCCAAACAUCAAAGGCACAUGUGGAUGUGGUGAAAGCUUCAAUGUAUAA